GGCGGGACUGGCGAAGCUUGGAGGCGUGACUAGCACUCCCGAGGCGUAGUCACGGGGUAAGCUCCUCCCACUGUGGACGAACCCUAAAGUAGAAUUAAUGGGCGGGAUUAAGUUGGAACCAGCAACCAAACACGAAUUCUUGAGAAAAGGUACGACCAAUUGGACCGGUGGAGAGGAGGGGCGUUGGGGAGAAUUUUAGCCAAUAGAGAGUAGAGACCAGAGUGGACUGUAGAACGUCUUCCAAUCAGAAGCGCAAAGGGCGUCCUGGCUUCUUCCACUAGAGCCGGAGUGGGCCCGCCCAAACCUCCAGGAGCCCGCCAAUGAGGCCGGCGGCGGAGCCACGCUCGGCCAACCAGAAAGCGGAAUCGAUGUCGGCACCGUUACUGGGGCGGGGCGUACGGUCCCCUCGCCACUAAGAUCGCGUCCGCGGCUUCCGAGCCUUCCAAUGCAGGACGUGGGCGAGCUCUAGUUCUCCCAAUCGGUGCGCGGCGAUGGAAAUUCAAACUGACAACCGGUUUGGAAAGGCAGAGCGAUCGGAAGAGGAGGCAGAAAACGACGUGUUCGGUGACCGGGAAUCCCAAAGUCGACUGAGCCCCCAAAGAGAGCCCCACCACCACCUCCACCACCGCACGUUCUGGAGCGGCCGCUCCGGGAGAGGCCUGGAGGGAAGGCCGCGGGGACCGGGGGCACGAGGGGGACGCGAGAGCCUGCACGCUGAGGAUUGGGGGCUGCCGCGGGAGAAGCGAAGCCGGGGGCCGGCUGGGACGAGCCGAGCGGCGGAGGUUCGCUGCAGGACUGCGGAGAAGCAGGGACCCUCCGGUGGGCAGGGCUCAGGGCAUUUCCGAAGCCUGGGAACCGAGGGCAUUUCCUGGAAGAGGCGUGGGUAGGGAGACCGCCCGCGACCCGACAAAUAGGAAUUGGAGCUCUCGGGGGGAGGGGCUUGGGAGAGGAGAAGCUUUACAUGCGAGGGAAUUGCUGGAGGAGGGGGAGCCAGAGGAGAGGAUCCCUGUAGACGGGAGGAAGGGAAAACGGCAGACAAGUUCCCGAGGCCCCUAGCAGCUUGCCCCCCUCCCCCGCCCACUUCAAACCUCUCCCCCUUCCCGGAAAGUUCAAAGGAUAAAGCCAAAACUGCUGCUGCUCUCUCCUGUUCCUGCUCAAUAAAUAUUACUUUUACCCUCCCCGGGGAAAAAAAAAAGAACUAAUUCUCCUUCCCAAUUUUAGGGUUCAGGAAAGCUCGAGGCCUCGCCAUUUUAUUUUUAGCCCCAGGGGAAUCCACCUAGGAAGGGUCUUGCUCUUUGCUUGCAUUUUUUCAAAUCCCACGCCACAUCCUUGCCCGGGACGCCAUGUCUACCAGCAGCUGUAGCUUCCAGGACCGGUGCGUGUCCAUCCUGUCUUGCAAAUUCUGUAAACAAGUGCUCAGCUCUCGGGGCAUGAAGGCUGUUUUGCUGGCCGACACUGACAUAGACCUUUUCUCUACAGACAUCCCUCCUACCAACACAGUGGACUUAAUAGGAAGAUGCUAUUAUACUGAAAUCUGCAAAUGUAAACUGAAGGACAUCGCAUGUUUAAAAUGGUGUUAACUUCCUACUUUGGGGCAACUUGCCAGAGAUAGAAGAGAGUGCAGAUGAAGACAUGUUAGAUAUCUCAGCAGAGGAGUGUAUUAGAUGAAUAGGAGAAUAGACUUAUGAUAGAUAUAAUAUUUAGACUUUUUACUAUUUAAAAUGUAUAUUAAUGGAUCAACUUUAAAUUGUUAGUAAGGAUUUUCCAGUGAUUUCUUUUUUUAGAAAACCAAAAUGGGGCAUUUGUUGAUUUAUUUAUUUGCUGUCUUAAAUUAAUUACCUGUUUAAUUUGAGCCAAUGUAGUUCUUUUCUUCUACUUCUACUUCUUUUUCUUCCUCUCUCCAUUCAUUAGCCUAGUAUAGGUGUAUUCUUAACUUCACAUAAGAGACUUUUUUCAUGUGCCACUCUGCUACCUCCCAAUCUGGGGAAGUUUUUCUUACAACUAGAUACCAGGUAUAUUAUUUUACAUUCCUGAAUAAGGGGCAUUAGUACCCACACAUAUAUCAACUGUGCAUAUAUCCAUGCAUAAAUCCACACGUAUAACCAUGUAUACAUAUGUGAUGCUCAACUUGGAAAUAAACCUUAACAGAGAAUUUUAAAAAAACAAGCUGAUAGGUUUCCAUGGGUACUAGUUAUCAUAUGUUAUUUUGGUGACAACUACUUUAAUAUGGAACAAGACUUCGUGAAUCAACAAAUAUAACACACUUUUAAAUGUAUGGAGAAAUCCUCUUGAUUCCUCAGCAUGAUGUUAGAUAAAUGAAUUUGUCAGAAAAUUAUCAAUAUAUAUACUGUGUACCAAUAUUAUUUAUUUGCCUUCUUCUAAAGUCAUAUGGAUACUGUAUUAUGAAAGCCAGAUAAACCAAACCUCUGUCUUUAAGUUACCUCAUUCUCUAGGGCUUUCUCUAUAAAUAGCAAAUUUUAAAUAUGAGUAAUCUCAGUCCCAACCCUUAAAUAGAAAAACAAAAACAAAAUCUAAAGAAGUGGUUUGUUUAAGCCCUUGUGCAUUAUAAAGAGAGUUUGUUCUUUUGCAAGCUACAUUUGGAGCCACGCAGAAGUAGGAAACUGGGAUAGUGUUAGAUUCUGGUUUUAUGUAUAGCUAAAAUCAGUGUAUAAUCUCAACUAGUAUCUCAACUGUAGGUGUUUUGUCAAUAAUGAUACCAAAACAGACUGAGUUGCGGUUUUGUAAAUAAACUACUGUCCUAAAAAU